AUGUCGCUAUCCGUAGCAGGGAAGUAUGCAGUCAUCACCGGUGCAGGGUCAGGUAUCAACCUGGCCUUUGCCAAACUCCUCCUCGAGCGCGGCUGCUCCGUUCUCAUAGGCGGCCUCGCCCUCCGCCCCGAAGCAUCCUCCCUCGUCUCCCAGUACUCCCCCCAAUCCUCAUCAGACAGCAGCCGUCCGACAGCCCACUUCCAGCAAACAAACGUCGCCUCCUGGCCGCAGCUCUCCCGCCUCUGGGACACGGCGCUCGCCACCUUCCCGCGCGUCGAUAUCGUCGUGCCCGGGGCGGGCAUCUUCGAGCCGGCGUGGAGCUCCUUCUGGCACGCGCCCAAGACGGCGUCGAACCCGGACACUAAAUCGCGCGACGCCGCGGAGGCGGAGCCGGGCACGUACGCGGUCAUCGACGUCAACCUGACGCACCCGAUCCGGCUGAGCCAGCUGGCCAUCGGGCACUGGACGCAGACGCACCGGCCCGGGUGUCUGGUGCACGUGAGCAGCAUCGCGGGGCACGCGUUCGGGUUCGGGACGCCGUUGUAUUUUGCGAGCAAGCAUGGCUUGCACGCUUUUGUGAGAAGUCUAGGGGAGAUGAGGGAUCGGGUUGGGAUCAGGUGCAGCGCUGUCGCGCCGGGGGCUGUCAUGACGCCAAUGUGGCGAGAGGACCCCGACAAGAAGCACAUGGCUGAGGAGGAGGAUGCGAAGCUGUUCACCGAGCCCGAGGAGAUUGCGCGGGGCAUGCUUGAGCUUUGCGAGAACCCCGAGUACGGGAAUGGAACCAUCCUGGAGGUUGUCAAGGGGAGGAAGAGGGUUGUGCCGUUUUACCACGCCGAACCGCCACAGGGUGACGGAGUCUUCAUACCAAAGUACAAGGAGGGCGCGGAGAAGCUUUGGGACGGGUUGGAAAGCGGCGGUUUGAAGGUCUGA